AUGGACCGGCUGGUUCUGUGCGUGCUGCUGUGUGCAGCUCUGGUGAAGGGAUACAGCUGUCCUGGCCGCUGCAUCUGCCAGCACCUCUCCCCCACCCUGACCCUGCUCUGUGCUAAGACUGGCCUGUUGUUUGUGCCCCCCAGCAUUGACCGCAAGACCGUUGAGCUGCGGCUCACUGACAACUUCAUAACCAUCAUCCGUAGGAAAGACUUUUUCAACAUGACUAGUUUGGUCCACCUCACCCUGUCCCGCAACACUAUUAGCCAGAUCACCCCUCAUGCCUUUGUUGGCCUAAGAUCUCUGCGGGCACUCCACAUGGAUGGAAACCGCCUCAGUGUUAUAAAGAGCGACCACUUUAAAGGCCUGAUCAACCUGCGCCACCUCAUUCUUGGAAACAACCAGAUCCACCAAGUGGCCCAGACCUCCUUUGAUGAAUUUGUUUCCACCAUCGAGGACUUGGACCUUUCCAAUAACAACCUGCGCGGCCUGCCUUGGGAAGCCAUAGCCAGAAUGACUAAUAUUAACACACUCACACUGGACCACAACCUAAUUGACCACAUUGGAGCAGGGACUUUCACGCUGCUAACCAAGCUGGUCCGUCUGGACAUGACCUCCAACAGGCUGCAGAAGUUGCCACCUGACAGCCUGUUCCAGCACGCUCAGGUCCUUUCUGAUGCCAAAGGCUCCACCUCCUCCACUCUGGCUGUGAGCUUUGGUGGAAAUCCGCUUCACUGCAACUGUGAGCUGCUGUGGCUGCGCAGGCUGACCAGAGAAGAUGAUCUGGAGACUUGCGCCUCACCAGAGCACCUAAUGGACAAAUACUUUUGGUCCAUCCAAGAGGAGGAGUUUAUCUGUGAUCCUCCACUGAUCACCAAGCAUCUUGUCAGUAAGCCGUAUGUGAUGGAAGGGCAGGGGGUGACUCUUAAAUGCAAAGCUGUGGGUGAUCCAGACCCAGACAUUCACUGGCGGUCACCAGACGGCAAGCUGGUGCAUAAUAAUUCUCGCACUAUAUUGUAUGAUAAUGGCACUCUUGAUAUUCUCAUCACCACUCUGAAGGACAGCGGGGCUUUUAAUUGUGUGGCGUCCAAUGCCGCAGGCAUUGCCACAGCUGCUGUUGAGAUCAACAUGAUCCCCCUACCACUGUUUGUUAACAACACAGGCCACAUGCGUGAGGACCCAGGACUCUCAGACAUCACCACCUCUUCCAAAUCUGGCAAUGACACCAAGGGCUACGACAAGCAGGACAGGAGGGUGAUGGUCAAUGAGCUGACCUCUUCCUCCGCUGUGAUCCGUUGGCCAUCUGAGCGUCAUAUUCCCGGCAUCAGAAUGUACCAGAUUCAGUACAACAGCACAGCAGAUGACACUUUGGUGUACAGAAUGAUCCCAUCUACCAGCAAGAACUUCUUAAUCAAUGAUCUGGCCGCAGGGCGAGAGUAUGACCUUUGUGUGCUGGCGGUUUACGACGAUGGCAUCACAUCAUUAACAGCCACACGUGUGGUUGGCUGCGUGCAGUUCCACACGGCCAGCGAGGUCAGCCAGUGCCGCUUCAUGCACAGUCAGUUCCUGGGAGGCACUAUGAUCAUCAUUAUUGGUGGUAUAAUUGUUGCUUCAGUGCUGGUGUUCAUCAUCAUCCUGAUGAUUCGCUACAAGGCCUACAGCAGCCCAGAGGACAGCAAAACCAAGGUCAGCUCCAGCAUGCACUCCCAGACCAAUGGCAGCCAGCAGAGGCUGCAGCGCUCCAUCUCCAAACAGCCUUCUGAUGAGGGCCAGCGUGAGCCUGAGGCGCCCAAAGAGUGCAUGGCGCUGGUGUUGAGGGUGGACAACGAGAAGAAAGAGGAUCCAGCUGCCACCACUGCCAUCCUGGAGGUGGAGCUGCCUCCUCUGUCUGUAGACAAGAUGAAGAGAAGAACCAGCCUGGAUGCACAAUGCUCCGGCCCCCCAUCUGAGGACACGCAGACGGACAGUAGUCUGACAGGCUCCACCAUGUCCCUGUGUCUCAUAGGCCCGAACGCUGGCACCAAUGAGGCUCCGAGGCUCAAGGACAAGAAAAGUGCCCUGGCCAACAUGGGAUUACUCCCUAAUGAGCUGGCACGAACUAGGCACAGAUUCUCUUUUGACGGAGGGGAUUACUCCAUAUUUCAGAGUCAUAGUUACCCACGCAGAGCGAGGACGAGGUGGCACAAGUCCACCAACCAGCUCAACGUGGAGUCAUCACCGCUCGCCAACAGGAGAGUUACAUUCAGCAGCACUGAGUGGAUGCUUGAGAGCACAGUCUGA